AGGUUUGUUGUAUGGUCCUGAAUGGCUCCACAAGCAUCGACCCUUGGUAAGCGCUUAAUCUGAAGACAAGAACCGGCUGGCUUUAUGAAGUGCAGACUGUUCAAUAUCAUUUUAUUUCAUCUUAGAUUCUGCAAGUCUGGAAUAUAACAAACAGAAGCAAAGCAAAGACUCCUUCUCAGCCUUCCCUACUCUCAAAGCUUUGCCCUGUCACCAAGGCACAGUAUGGAAGCCAUUGCCAAAUUUGAUUUCAAUGCUUCUGGAGAGGAUGAACUGAGUUUCCGUACCGGGGACAUACUGAAGAUUUUAAGCUCCCAGGAAGAGUGGUACAAGGCUGAGCUGAGAAGUCAUGAAGGAUAUGUCCCCAAGAACUUCAUAGAUAUUCACAUUCCCAUCUGGUUUAAUGAAGGGAUAUCCCGCCAUGAGGCAGAGAACUUACUCAUGAGCAAGGAAGUCGGCUCUUUCAUCAUCCGAGCCAGCCAGAACUCCCCUGGUGACUUCUCCAUCUCUGUCAGGCAUGAGGAUGAUGUCCAGCACUUCAGGGUGAUGAGGGAUACAAAGGGCAACUACUACUUAUGGACAGAGAAAUUCCAGUCACUAAACAAAUUGGUGGAGUACUAUAAGACCUCCUCUAUCUCCAGGCAGAAGCUGAUAUUCCUGAGAGAUGGGAGCCAAGAAGAGAAGGAGAGGCGUGGUGGGAGCCUGGAACGGGGGGCACAAGAAGGACUCCGCCUGAGUGGAGCAGCUGGAGAAAUCCGAGCAUCAAUGUCCAAGAGAUAUGCAGAUCCCUCACCACCCCUGCAGCAGCAGCAGCAACAGGACAGAGGUGGUGGGAGCCUGGACAGGAAGGAUGGGCUUCAUCGCCUCAGAGACCAUGGAGAAGGGAGUGCAGCAUCCAUGUACCGGAGACAAACCGAACCAUCAUUUCAACAAUCACAGCAAACACUAUGGGUCCAAGCCCUGUAUGACUUUGAGGCAUUGGAGUGUGAUGAGCUAGGAUUCCGCAGUGGAGACAUCGUAGAAGUCCUGGACAACUCUAACCCGUGUUGGUGGAAAGGGCGCCUGCGUGGCAAAUUGGGUCUCUUCCCUUCCAACUAUGUUACACCAGUGACCCGGUGAUUCUGCAGCAUUCCAAGAUGCGUUGGGAUGGAGUUGCUCUGGCGUGUCGGGGGCAGAGAGAGCAUCUUCCAUGCAACCAGAACAUACCACGUUUUUAUUACAAUAAUAAUUUAUUGGCAGCUGAUCCAUUGAUUAGUUAAUAUUAAAGGGAUCUCUGGAGAGCGGUGGGGGUUUUCUCUCCUUUUACACUCCAGUGUUAGAGGAAGCAAGAAUCCUGGAUCAUCCAUGAGGUCUUGCUGGAUCCUGCCUGCACUGCCAUCAUUUUGGCAAAAUGUUGCUAACUCAGACUUUGCUAAAUUAGAUAAGUCACAUGGGAACCCACCUCAAGCAAGCCAGGUUUCAGCUUGUAGGCAGCCCCACCUCCUCCAACAUCUGAGCACUACCUUUUGGACCUUGCGACAUGCCAUCUAGCAGAGGAAGGGAUAUGGUCCUGUAAACUGGUGUACAGAGCAAUCCAAUGUGGAACCAAUAUGUGGGGGGAGAGAGAAACCAAGUUCUUUGCAGCUUCUUAUAGACCUGCCCUCAUGCACUCCUGCCCAUACCACAUGUACUCCUGUCCACUGUCCAAGCUGCCUUCCAAGAUAUGCUGCACUUUCCAUUAAACAGUCCUGUAAGGGGGGCCUGGCUUUUCAGACAAACCAAUAGUCACCAGCUGGAAAUAUGGUGGAAGUCACCAAUAGUUUUGUUAAAUUGGAUUUUUUUUUGUGGUAUGUUGCUGCCUAAAAAUCUUCCUCCUAUA